UGUGUUCAGUGCUUCCUCUGACACAGCUCAGCCUGUUCCCUAUCUCCCAGUUUCACUUCUGAAUGUGCAGGAACAUGCGGUGGCUCCUUUUUCCCACCAUCUUCAUCAUCCCUUGUACGCAACAGUUUUUCCACAGCCCACCAGCGAGGCCUGAAGAAAAACCUUCAGAAAGUGGUGAAGUCCACCAGCGCAAGGAGGUUUGUCACUGGCCAUGCAGAUGCCCACCUGUGCCAACCUGCACCCCUGGGGUAAGCUUGGUGAAGGAUGGUUGCGGCUGCUGCAAGGUCUGUGCCAAGCAGUCAGGAGAGACCUGCAAUGAAGCAGACAUCUGUGAUCCCCACAAAGGCCUCUACUGCGACUACUCAGAAGAUGAGCCUAGGUAUGAAACAGGCGUGUGUGCAUAUCUGGUAGCUGUAGGAUGUGAGCUCAAUGGAGUUUAUUAUCUUAACGGGCAGACCUUCCAGCCUAACCCACUUUAUAAGUGCCUAUGUAUCAGUGGUGCCAUUGGAUGUACACCUGUAUUCACACCAAGAUUAGCAGCAAGUCCCUGUGCCAGGGUCACGAGAAGAAAGAGGCCUGGACAAUCCAUCUGUGGCCCAGGACAGCACAAGCAGCUUCAAUCAACAAACUACAGACUGAUGUCAGCUUACAGAAGCUUACCACUGGUUUUGAAGAAAAAAUGCCUAGUACAGGCAACUCCCUGGACACCCUGUUCCAGGACCUGUGGCAUAGGCAUAUCCAGCAGAGUGACCAACGAAAACAGAAAAUGUGAAAUGAAAAAAGAAAAGAGAUUAUGCUUCAUCCAGCCUUGUCUGACCAAUAUACUGAAAACAGUAAAGAUUCCAAAAGGAAAAACAUGUCAACCCACAUUCCAGCUUCCUACAGCAGAGAAACUAGUUUUUUCCGGAUGCUCAACUGCUCAAAGCUACAAACUAACUUUCUGUGGGGUGUGCUUGGACAAGAGGUGUUGCAUACCUAGUAAGUCCAAAACAAUCACUGUACAGUUUGAGUGUCCCAAUGAAGGCUUCUUUAAGUGGAAGAUGAUGUGGAUAACAUCGUGUGUAUGUCAGAGGAUUUGCAGUGCACCAGGAGAUAUAUUUUCCGAACUCAAAGUGUUAUGA